CCAGCAUCAGAGAGUGGAGUGUGGAAACAGGAAGAGGAGGAGAGGGGGAAGAAAGGAGACAGAGGAGAGGAUCGGGUGAGACGAGGUGGCGUGGAGUGCACGGGAGGAAAAGGGGGAGCAGAGGGGGCGUGAGGACCAAACACAAGCAAGACAAUAAGAGAGAAAGAGCGAGUGGAGGAUGAGCAGUUCUAUUUAAAGGGAUCGGAGAUUGCACAAGUCUGCUGUCUUUUCUAUUCCUGACGGACAGCGUUGUUGAAUUUGGCCCAGAGAGUCUGACUCCCCCCCCUACUCUCAGCACUCACUACAAGGCCUGUUUUGCUCUCAGGUGUGAAGUGGAGGGCCUCCCAAACACAGACCAAUACUGGCUGCAUGUAUCACCCAGCAGAGCUGUACUCUGGCCGUAACACAUGGGACUCCUAUCCAGCUGGAGGUCCUAACAGAGGACAAUGGGCUCCUGUGAACAGUCACCUCUGGAGCCACACAAACAGAUGCCAAGGAGGGCGCAAUCAAUCACAUCAUUCACCAUCAAGUCGUCUCUAUAACAGGGGGGAGAGAACAGUCAACCAUGUUCAGGACAAAGGUAUCUCAAAGGGGCACAGACAGCAACCACGUCUAUGGGAUGGCAAAGAGCAGCUGUUUGAAGCCCAGAACUGGCAUCACAACUCCUCGCGCUCAUUCCACAACCGAACUGCCAACAACAAUGGUUAUCCAACCGCAGCCGGAGAGCGCUACGCAACCUGGGACAAUAACGUCAGCAACUCUGUGCAUGGGGGUCCUCGCCUUCAUCGCAACAACAGAGAGCUCCAGUCUCCGCCAGAGAGAUGGGCCCCCUCAGACUGUCACAGGAGCUUCCCAGGCAGGAUGAUGAACAACAGACCUGGGCCCUGGAAACGACCGGCCCACCAUCAGCGGCGAGACCAGUUACACCAGCACAGUCCACCCCCACCACACCCUUUAUCUCCAAGGGAAGAGUGUCCUGCUAAGAGGAGAAGGGACUCUGGUCCUGAUCAGUCAUCUCAUCCUGGAUCAAGACAUUUACCUUUAGUUGCCCAUGCCCCAUCACCACCUCGCCACCACCACCGUCACCAAGAUGACUGGAAGCCUCUCAACGACAGGGUGGGUCCUUGCCACCACUCUGACCACAGGACCUCAGCAACACAGCAACAGGAAACCUCUAAACUUCGAGCUGGAGGACAUGGCUACAAUAACAAUAACCCGGCAGCUCUAAACCAGAGUUGUGGCAGCAGACCACCACAUCACGGAAGCAGAGGGAAGGUCGAGCGGAAAAACCUGUCUUCACCAGCAGACCACACCCGUGUGCCUUACAGCCACCAAAACCAUCAUUACCACUACCAACGGCACACAGGCCACCCCAGAGCUCCACAGCACAACCCGCCACUACACCCUCCAGAGGACUCACGGAGCCAUCACCACAAACAAAGCACAGAACCUCAACGCACUCAUCAGAGAAGCAUUUUAAGGGAUCCAGCCCUCCCCCAUUUUUCUGGUGCAGGCUCUCCUUAUUCAUCCCUCCUCUGCAGCCCUAAAGAUGAAGGGUCCACUGCCAGCAGUCCAUGUGCUCUCUCUAGUUCUUCAUACACAGUGCCUAUUGGCCGAAAAGAUCCAUCAAUUAUUCGUCAGUGUAGUCCCGGCCUCAGUGGAGAGCAGAAACUCCAUGGAAGUCCCCCUCACACAAGCAGACCUGGCCUGACAUCCACGACAUCCCUUACAUCCCACAGUGGUCCAAAAUCCAGGUUUUCAGACGUCAAGUACAGAAAGACUUCACAGCCGCUCUGCUCACGACAGCUCCCCCACAGCAGAUCGAGAGCAAACAAGCUUGAUAAGGAGCUGGAACAACACACAAAACCUGAGUGCAAACAAAAAGAUAAGCUGGAGAAGAAAGAGAGAAAAGGGGAUAUUGUUAAAAUGAGCAGAAAAGGCGAAGAAAGAAAACGGCGGAAGAAAAAAGAGGACAAAAGGCUGGGUGAGCGAAAAAGGAAAAGAGAUAAAGCAGACAAAAGGGAGGUAAAGUUAGGCUUGAAAAUCACAAAAAGGGACAUGUCCACCUCCAUCUCUGCUUCAGCAGAGGGAAAAGUGAGUAGGAUGGAGACUCUGACCCCAGAGAGUCAACAGUCAACACCCAAACACAAGCACAGGGCGAGGAGUGAACGAGCGGAGGGGACACACAGGCCGUUUGCAAAUACUCCUCAUUCUAAAUGCACUUCACAACAGCUGCCCUUAAAAUCUGAAAAUCAUAAACUGUCCAAAAAGAACAGCGGUCCUCAGAAACUCCCUGUCAAGAAUCUACCAAUGACGUCUCCCAGGAAAGCCAGCGCCAACCAGACCAGCAAGAGGCCCACCAUUGUCUCAUCGCAGUCGUACUGCAGACCAAAAGGAAAGCCUGACGAUACACUCCCUUCACUUUUGUUUAAAGCCUUAGCACCUCUCAGUGCAGCGUGUUCCGUGAGCGUAGAGAAGCCCAUCCACGGCAAAGACGGCGGGCAGAGAGGUGUUCUCAAUGCCCCAGACCUCCAGCCCGUGGCAGUGAUGGGACAUUUGAGGGAAAUGGGAGACAAUCUUGCGAACACUCCUCCUGUUCUGAGCUGGCAGGGCUCUCCAGUAUCGAGUCUGGAAGAGGAUGAGGACGAGUUAGAAAAGGGAGUGAUAAGUCGACCUGUCCUCCAGCCCAGCCCUACUCAGUGCUUCUCUCCUCCCCCUGUAGACAACGACAGUUCUGAUGAUAUAGAAAAGGAACCUUGUGAAAGUUUACGAGCCGACAACAGCGACAAGUCUGAAAUCUGUGAUCUGCCUUGUCCAACCAAAGUUGCAGAGGAAGAAACAAAAGAAGACGUGGAUAGCAGUGGGGAAACAUCUGGCUCUCUACUCAGUGAGCUUUGCCACCAUAAAGCAGGGCUGGACGACGUCUUCAAGAGCCUGGCCACCUUCCUCGGAGGCCAGAGGGUCUCGUGUCGAGGUGGCCCAUUUGGUGGCCCUCCAGACAGCACUGCAAGAGGGGUGAAGUACUCCUCUUCUCUUGCAUUUGGGCCAGAUAUACACUGCCAGGAGCCUCACGAUUUCUCCCCCAAGUCAGAUCCCAUAGCAUCCUCUAAACCUGCUAAUAUCAAACCACCAACUCACACUACCUCACACUCGCUUGUGAAAUCCCACAGUCCGACAGAACUGAGAACUGAGCCUGCCGCAGACACCCCAGUGCAGGAGCCUGAGACAGUUGUGAAAGUGAAACAAGAAGGUAAAGAUACCGAGAUCCUCCCUGAGAGAAUUGACUCAUCUCUUCUAGAUGGGUCACUGAGUGCAGAGCUGAGAGUGACCACCACAGAUACAGCCUCUCUCACCAGCCUUCUCAAAGUUUCCACCAAGGAAGAGAGAGGACGAACCAAGGAGCCUGAACACAGAUGUGCAGACAGAAAAAGAAAACAAAAUGAUAAGGGCAGAGGAAAAGAAGGAGAGAUCAAGAUUAAGAUAAAGACAAAGGAAAGCAGUGUCAUCUGUCUCAAAAACAAAGUAAAUGAAGUUCAGGAUUCGGAAGAGAAGGCUGUUUCAUCCUUGGAGAGAGGCAUCUCCAGAAGCUCACCCAGACCUCUCAAAGAUAGUAGGAAGGGCCAGAUUUUUCAGGAAAAUCAAUCCCCACGCGGUAAGGACAUCCAGAGAGAAAAGGAAGACACUGGGAGCGCUGAGGUCAAGGUAGAAACAGAGGAGAAGAAGGAAGUGGUCCCUGAGUUAGAAAACAAGAAAUCCUCCGCAGCUAGAAACACAGAGACCAAGACUCCAAACGCAGCGUCAACUUUAACAAUCAAUACAUCCAAACUAUGUGUCUCAACACCAGCAAGCAAACCUCCCCGCUCGUUAGCUCCAGUCGAUCCACUGAAACUGAAGGCGCUGUCCAUGGGCUUAUGUAAGGAGCUAAAGAUCCUGCUGAUCAAAGUGGAGAGCGCUGGAAGACAAACGUUCAACAUUUCAGAGGUGGAGGAGCAAAGAGUCCCACUUUCAAAGAUCAACAUCGACAACACAGCAACAGAAGUGAUCAGAGCCUGCAAGGGGACGAGGGUGAAGGGGAAGUUCAAGGAGUCAUACCUGCUUUCCUCAUUUUCCGUUAAACCUAACAUUGCCGUCAAGACGCCCAUUCCUCGAGAAAAGCUCAACCCUCCGACACCAAGUAUCUACUUGGAGAGUAAGAGGGACGCCUUCUCUCCAGUUCUGCUUCAGUUCUGCACUGACCCCAAAAAUGCUGUCACUGUCAUCAGAGGUCUUGCUGGCUCCCUCCGCCUCAACCUUGGUCUGUUCUCCACCAAAUCUCUUGUGGAGGCCAAUGCAGAACAUGCAGUGGAAGUGAGGACUCAGGUGCAGCAGCCUGCUGAUGAGAACUGGGAUACCAACGGCUCGGCGCAAACUUGGCCCUGCGAAAGCAGCCGCUCACACACCACCAUCGCCAAAUACGCCCAGUACCAGGCCUCCAGCUUCCAGGAGAGCUUGCAGGAGGAGAAGGAGAGCGAGAAUGAAGAUGAAGGAGAGCAAACCAAGAGCUCAGACCAAUCAGCUGCCGCAAAAGCUGUCCUGAUGUUAGCCAACAGUAAAGGAGGUCCCCCCUCAACUGCCAUCAGCACGCCCAGCUCAGAGCAGAAAUCUGCUGGAAAGAUCAUUAAAUUUGGGACCAAUAUUGAUCUCUCAGACCCUAAAAGGUGGAAGCCCCAGCUGCAGGAGCUGCUGAAGCUGCCGGCCUUCAUGAGAGUGGAGUCCAGCAACAACAUGCUCAGUCAUGUCGGUCACACCAUCCUGGGCAUGAACACUGUCCAGCUCUACAUGAAGGUGCCGGGCAGCCGCACCCCAGGUCACCAAGAGAACAACAAUUUCUGCUCCGUCAACAUCAACAUUGGACCUGGUGACUGCGAGUGGUUUGCCGUCCACGAGCAUUACUGGGAAGAUAUCAACAGAUUCUGUGAGAAGCAUGGGGUAGAUUACCUCACAGGGUCCUGGUGGCCAGUGCUGGAGGACCUCUACAGCUCCAACAUCCCUGUGUACCGCUUCAUCCAGAGGCCGGGCGACCUGGUGUGGAUCAAUGCAGGGACUGUGCACUGGGUCCAGGCCGUGGGCUGGUGCAACAACAUCGCCUGGAAUGUGGGACCACUCAACUCAUACCAGUAUCAACUCGCCCUGGAGCGCUUUGAGUGGAACGAGGUGAAGAAGGUUAAGUCAAUCGUUCCCAUGAUCCACGUUUCCUGGAAUGUGGCUCGAACCAUCAAGAUCAAUGAUCAGGAAACAUUCAAGAUGAUCAAACACUGCCUGAUGCAGUCUAUUAAGCACAUCCAGAUUCUAAGAGAACAGCUGGUGGCUGCAGGGAAGAAGAUCUCCUACCAGAGCCGCGUGAAGGAUGAGCCGGCAUACUACUGCAACGAGUGUGAUGUGGAGGUGUUUGACCUGCUCUUCGUGACCAGCGACAGCAGCAGUAAGAAGACCUACGUGGUGCACUGUGAGGACUGUGCCCGAGCUAAGAGCCCGACCCUGGCAGGAGUCGUGGUGCUGGAACAGUAUCGAAUGGAGGAGCUGACGAAAACCUACGACAGCUUCACUCUGGCUCCAUCACCCUUUUCAAAGUGACGACUCCUCCCCGGUGUCUUUCAGCCAUAACCAAAACUCUAAUGGCAGCACAAAUGUUGUCUUCAAAGGCAAUCUAUUCCUGCAAACACUGAAUCAGCCAAUCACGUUUACUCAGUAUUGUUUACAUCACACAAUAAGGUAUGGAUACCCAGCCAAUCCAACUCUCGCUCACUGUCUUCCCCAUACCAGCUGCUGAUUGGACGUGCAUUUUUUAAAAAUAGAAUGACUAGACUGGUACUUCUCAUGAAAAUCAUUUCAGACGCGUACAACAAAAAGAAAAAAAAAUGUGAGCACUGCUAACACUGAAAAUCAGGUGAUGUAUUUAACGGACACUGCUGUGAUUCAAAAGCGUCAAGUAGCCAGUUCUGUGUAUUAAUUCAGGUACUUUUAUGCAAAUCCAGUAGAACUUUUUUACACCAAUCUAGUUAUUCUAUAUGUCCAUGAAUUUGCUGUGAUUCUAUUGUACCAGCAGGGGAAUUGCUUCACAGGAGAAGUAGCUGAUUGUCACAUUUGGCAUCGUAUUGGUUCCUGUUUUUUGUUCUUUAUUCAGGUAAACUCUCGACAUUUGUAACUCCUGUCUGUAAACUCUUCGAGGUGCUUUUCUUCGAGGUGCUUGUUAGAUACUUUAAAAAAAAAGUUUUACCAGCCUAGAAGUACACCACAUUGGCCUUGUGAACAGUAUUUAGAAGAAAGGUAAUUAGAGGAUUAAACAUACACUAAUAAGGUUUUAUGUGAAUAUAAAAAAUCUAAUCAAAAACUUUUAUCAGUUUCUCUAAAAUACGGGUUUACCAGAGGACUAAUAUGGUUUCAUUCUUAGUUGGAAAAUUUGAAUUU